UCCUGUGCGGUGCUGGGCGAGUCCCCGCCUGCAGCCCCGUGGAUCGCCCCGGCCGGGCGGCAGGAUUCCCUGGCCCUGACUCCGCGAUCUCCCAGAUGCAGCGAGGGGAAGAGCCGUGUGUCCCGGUUCUCCAGGGCGCCGAGGGAAGGGCGAUCCCCCGAGGUGCCUGCACAGGUGCCAGGAUGGAGGUGAAGAGUCCGAAGAAGGAAGGGUCUACGGGAGCUGAGCCACACUGGAUGUCCCAGAGCAUUAAGCAAGAAGAGGCCAGUGGGGCUGGAUGGCCGGAGGAGAUCAACGCAAUGUCUCCAGAGGAGAUCGGCAUCAGGAUGAUGAUGGAGCACAACCGAGCCCAGCUGGGGGAGAGCCCCUACAGCUGCUCGGACUGCGAGAAGAGCUUCAGCCAGAGCUCCCACCUGGUCCAGCACCAGCGCAUCCACAUGGGGCAGAAGCCCUACAAAUGCACCGACUGCGGGAAGAGCUUUGUUCUCAGCUCCAACCUCCUGGAGCACCAGCGCAUCCACACCGGGGAGCGCCCCUACAAGUGCGACCAGUGUGAAAAGACCUUCAGCCAGAGUUCCCACCUCUUCCAGCACCAGCGCAUCCACACAGGUGAGCGGCCCUACCAAUGCACCGAGUGCGGGAAGAGUUUCAACCGCAAUUACACCCUGGUGAAGCAUUACCACACCCACAUCGGGGAGCAGCCCUUCAUCUGCAGCGAGUGCGGGAAGAGCUUCAGCCUUGGCUCCUUCGCCCAGCACGUCCGCACCCACACGGGCGAAAAGCCCUACAGCUGUGCUGAGUGCGGUAAGAGUUUCAGCAGCAGUUCCAACUUGAGCCAGCACCGGCGCAUCCACACUGGGGAGAAACCCUACAGCUGUGGCCACUGCGGGAAAAGCUUCAGCCAGAGCUCCAACCUCAUCAAGCACCGGCGCAUCCACACCGGAGAGAGACCCUACAGCUGCCCCGAGUGCGGCAAGACCUUCAACCAGAGCUCUUCGCUCAUGCAGCACCGGCGGAUCCACCGCGGCGAGCGGCCCUACGAGUGCACCGAGUGCGGGAAGCGCUUCAGUGUCAGCUCCCACCUGGUGGAGCACCGGCGGAUCCACCGGGGCGAAAAGCCUUACAAGUGCGUCGACUGCGGGAAGAGCUUUGGCUGCAAUUCAUCCCUGAUGAAACACCAGCGCAUCCACACCGGGGAGCGGCCCUACAAGUGCCCUGAGUGUGGGAAGUGCUUCAUCGACAGCUCCAAGCUCAACAACCACCGGCGCACCCACACUGGAGAGCGGCCCUACAAAUGCACCGACUGCGGGAAGGGCUUUGGAGACAGCUCCGCGCUCAUGAAGCACCAGAGGACACACACCAAGUAGACACCAGCAGAUGGAGAGGGGGGCACUGGUGUCUCUCUAGAGGGUGAAAUUGACAUGCUCUGGGGAUCGGGGGCCUCUAUAAGGGAGACAUUGAUGUGCCUUCUGGGGAGACAAGGGAACCUUUAUAGAGAGUAAAUUGGUGUCCUUUCUUCCAACUCCUAUUGGUCAGCAAGACAUACCCAUCCAUCUCGGAAACCCUGGCCCCUAUCCCCAAUGUAUGCCAAUGCCCUUUUGCCUGCAGCAAGCUACAGGCCUGAUCUGAAGCCCCUUCCUCCCUCCCUCCCCCACUUACAGUGGAUCAAGAUGCAGGUGGCCUCUGCGAGGAUCCCAAAGUGGCAGGAAAUGCUAAGGCAAAUCAUCCAGCUGUGAUGUGUGCCACAGGGAUUUGUACAGAGGACAUAAGCAAACAUAGUGAGGUUUAGUGAUUAGCCCUGGGAAUCAGAACUUCCGGGUUCUGUCCUCAGGAUGGGGAGUAGGGUCUAGUGGGUGAUAGCAGAGGGGGCUGGGAGCCAGGACUCGUGGAUUAGAUUCCCAGCUAUGUGUGGGUUAUAGAAGGUGAAAUCAGAGUUUGUUUGCAGUUGUGGAUAGGUGUAUAGUUUAGAGCAGGGGCCUGACAAUCAGACCUCCUGGGUUCUACACCCAGCUCUGGCACUUUACCUUUCUGUGCCUCAGUUUCUUCGUCAUCUGUCAAAUGAGAAUAAUGGUACCCAGCUUUUUUCUAGUGUUUUGAGAGUCAUAGAUGAAAAGUGCUUAUUAUUCUGUAUUUGAUGAGUAAUUGUCUAAGCCAGAAGUGACCCUCAUUUCACCUGCUUUGUUCAUGCUCUGAGUUAGCUGUAGAGCAUAGAUCUCUAGGUCUUUUCUUAAUCUGUUUUGCAGUAAUUAAGAUCCACGAUUGAUGUCUCAUUUCUCUCAACCAACUAGGAGAAGAAAUGUAAAGGGAUCCUGGAAAAGAAAAUAAAACUGGGGAUUGUGCCCUUUAA